AUGGCUCUUCUCGGCCACCUCCUUUCUUUCUUUAUUUUUUCAUUUUUUUUUUCAUCAUUUUUUCUUUCUUUCUUUUUCUUUCUUUCUUCCUUUCGUUCUUUCGUUCUUUCUUUCUUUCUUUCGUUCUUUCGUUCUUUCUUUCUUUCUUUCUUUCUUUCUUCAAAUUCAUCUUCCUUCUUCAUUCUUCAUCAUUAUCACUUUACCAUUUUCUUUCUCAAACUCCGUCUCUUUAUUCUGGAUUAUCGUUCUUUGAGUCCUUUAAAAUAUGAUAUUUUUUUUCUGUCAUUAAUUCUGUCAAUAUUUUUCUUUUUUUUUUUUCACGGCGUUUUCUUUCUUCGUUCUUGUUCAGUUUGCUUGUUUUUCUUUCUUUUUCUUUUUCUGUCUUUCAUAUUCCAUUCCUACAUCUUUAUAAUUUUUUUUUCGACAUUUGUCUUCAUUAAUUUGUUCCUAAGUUUGUUAUUUUUUUCGUUUUCUUUUUAUCAUUUUCUUCUUUUAAUCAAUCUUUCUUAUCUCUUCCCUUUCAUUUCUUUCUUGAGCUUCUUUUACACUUACCCCCCUCUCUCUCUCUCCUCUAUACACCCUCUCUAUCUCAUUCGGUCAUACAUUCUUAAUUUCAGAUUCUUUCUCGAUCACUCGUUUUCAUUCGUUUUAUUGUUCCGCAUUAUUUCCUUUGCUUCCGUACACCCGCCCGCCCGUCAAACCAUUCUUUCUUCUCUAUAUUCGCUUUAUUUUCCUUCUUUACCCACCCUGCACGCAACCAUCUGCUUCCUUCGCCAAUUCCUUACACCUUUUUCUCUUCCUUAUCCUGUCAUCAUAAUCACCAUCGUCAGACACAAUCAUCAUCAACAUUUCUUUCAUUUUCUUACUUCUUGUUAUACCCUGUUUCCUCCAUUCUUUUUCUUCUUCUUCUUCUUCUUCUUCUUCUUCUUCUUCUUCUUCUUCUUCUUCUUCUUCUUCUUCUCCUCUCUCCUUUUCUUUAUUUUUCAUUUUUUAUUUCCUUCCUUUCGACUUCUUCUCCUUCUUCAUCGAUUGUUCUUCAACGUGAUUAUCAACAUCUAUUUCUUCUUCUUCUUCUUCUUCUUCUUCUUCUUCUUCUUCUUUUUCUUCUUCUUCUUCUUCUUCUCUUAUUUUCUCCUCCUCUCUCCUUUUCUUUAUUUUUCAUUUUUUAUUUCCUUCCUUUCGACUUCUUCUCCUUCUUCAUCGAUUGUUCUUCAACAUGAUUAUCAACAUCUAUUUCUUCUUCUUCUUCUUCUUCUUCUUCUUCUUCUUCUUCUCCUCUCUCCUUUUCUUUAUUUUUCAUUUUUUAUUUCCUUCCUUUCGACUUCUUCUCCUUCUUCAUCGAUUGUUCUUCAACGUGAUUAUCAACAUCUAUUUCUUCUUCUUCUUCUUCUUCUUUUUCUUCUUCUUCUUCUUCUUCUCUUAUUUUCUCCUCCUCUCUCCUUUUCUUUAUUUUUCAUUUUUUAUUUCCUUCCUUUCGACUUCUUCUCCUUCUUCAUCGAUUGUUCUUCAACAUGA